AGAAUAGGAGAUUUGCAAAAUGUAUAUCUAAAAAACCUGCAGAUAUUGCAUGAUGCAGUCAUGUCAGCAUGGAGCAGAAUCUCAAAGGAAUGUUUCUAACAUCUUGUGGAAUCCUUGCCAUGAUGAAUUGACGCUGUUUUGAGGCCUUACCCAGUAUUACUGUAGCAUUCCUCAUAAAGUGCCUGGCGAGUGUAUAUGUCUAUGUAUGGGUGAGCAGUUGCUAGAGGCGAUGUCACUCCUGAUUGACAGCUGUAAUGAGGACGCAGAUUUGCUUAGCAAGCUCAGAGGGACGUAACUGCCUGUGGAAAUCCUGUUUGUCCUUAUUUUUUUUCCUUUCUGUGUUGAUUCUCCCUCUUUCUCCGCCUCUCCGAGUGCGUGUUUGUGUGUGAAUGUGUGUGUGUGGGAGUUUGAUGGCCUGUUGUCCUGCUUAGUGUCGACUGCUGGUGAGUGUGUGUUCUCUGCCUGGUUGUGCAAGCAGAAUGAAUCAUCAGGCCACAGGUGAUAAAAAGGGGCAUAACAAAGAUACAGGAGUUUGGAGGAACAGUGUUACCUGCAGUGGAAGAGAAUAUGUGUGUGUGUGUGUGUGUGUGUGUGUGUGUGUGUGUGUGUGUGUGUGUGUGUGUGUGCGUGUGAACAUGAGUCAUGCUCUAGUUUCAUUAGUGAGAGAAAUACAGAGUUGCCGCUUCUGAAUUUGAAUUCAGAGAGAGAGUGAGAGAGAGAGGGAGAGGGAGCGAGAGAGAUUCACUCGAAGAAGGGAAGCGACUCAGCAGUGAGUGUUUGCGCGUUCGCUCGCGCUGCGCCGUGUUUCUCUGCUCCGUUCUGUCAGAAAUAGAGAUUAACGCGAGCUGAAGGAGAGUGAUGGGCUCAGACCUGAGCAGAGCGUAAUUGGCGCUCCAGAUGCAGGUGCUUUGCAGGGGCCGAUGGUAAACGAGUGACCGACCGAGCCACGCAGGAGCGUACGGAGAGGUCUCAGCAGGAUCCGCAUUCGGACGCAUAGAGGUGAACGGAUCACCGAAGUCGAACCAAAGGCAGUCGGUAUGAGAUCAGGUCCCAUUUGAGGUAUGUGCGCAUAGUGCUGGGGGCUUUAUGGUUUAUGAGUACGUGUUAUUAUUCUGUGAUUUUGAGUCCAGAUUGAGAGCCUGUGUGCGUACGUACUUACAUCUGUGUGAAACUGAGAGCUGAAAGUACGUCAAACGGAAGGUAACCGAAUCUGGCCAGCUCAGGCUAACACCACACUGCUGCUUUACAGUUUCAGUACUUUGUGCUGCGCAGUUUACCUGCUCAGGCUGCGAGUAUAUGUGUGCAGGCUUGUUAGUGUGUGAUGUAUGAGAGAGAGAGAUAGAGGGAGCGAUAAAAAUAGGAAUAGUCAUGAAAGAGGAGAAGAGGAAAACAGUGAGCGAGGGAAUUGAGGGCCAGCAGGAGAGAGAGAAACACAGAGACAGGAUAAAAUGAGGGCACUCUCUCUGACGUAAAAUUUUGUGUGUGAACCACACCUCCCUUUCGCCAGUGUGCUUGUGGGUGUGUGUUUGUGUGUGUGUGUGUGUUUUAGGUAUGCGUGCUCUCUUGUUGUGCAGACAAAUGGAGCCCCUGGGAAGACUAGGGAAAAACAUGUUUUGUGGAGGGCGGCGAGCUAUUGAGUAACACUGGACGGAUUUAAUGGAGUGUUCUCACACCAGCCGGCAGGACGUGACAAGCCAUGACGACAUCACUACGCACAGGAAUAGUCAAUGGACUGGAACUCAGCUUCACAUGGCCUUGUGUAUGUGUGUUUGUAGUGUUGAUGUCAGACACCGUAGAGCUGCGGUGGGAGGCAACUGGAACACCCCUCAUUUCCCUCUCUUUACUAUACUUGUGCAUAUGGAAGGUCCUUUCAGCUCAGAGUCGGAAACAUCUCACAUCAUCAAAUCGCACAUAAAUGUAUGUAAAUGUGUAACAUGAACAAUAUGUCGUCAUGGUCACGACAAAACCCCAUAUCUCCAACAUCAGCUGUUCAAGUCGUAAUUUCUCAGCUGUUGGAAAUUCAUGAGUUUAUGAGGACCGUCCGAAUGCACCAUAAGCCUCUACUUACCUUUACACGCAGGUGAAGGUAAGACAAGCUAAAGAUAACUCUGCCUACCUUCACAGAUCUGUUAUGCAAUGGGAAGUAGUGUUGCACCUAUACCGAUACUGUAUCAGUGCCAAUACUGGCAUUUAAAUGCAGUAUCGGUAUCAGUUAUGGAGAUACUGAUACCUGUGAAUGAUGCCAUAAAGCAAUUUAAAAUGCUCUUGGCAGAAUCUAUAACGCCAGUUUUAGGUGUUAAGAACGUGCUAACAGAGCUGCUUACCUGAGCAGCUAAGCUGCUUUACGGUCACUUACAGCCUGAGUUAAAGUUAUUGAGAGAGCACAUUUAUUGAAAGAACCGCUGGACUCUUGCUGUAUUGCUUUUUGCUGUAUGCCUUUAGCCUCAAUUUAGCCUUAGCAUAGUAGCCCGCUAGCCAGCCUGUGCAUCCACUAGCCACGCCUGCGGUGCGCGUCCGUCGCUCAGCUGUAUCACUCAGCAGCGGGGUCCCGCGGCCCAUCGCCUCAACCAAGCCAGAAAAAACACUGAAAGUCGCUGAUACUGACAGCGUGAAUGGUGAUAUUUACUGAACUGACGCAGCGUGAGUGAACAAGACGCAUGUAUGAGACCAAUGAAUUGAGAAGUUUGGAUGCGAAAGAACAUUCAGCUCCGUCUUGUAGCCAGAGAAGCUGCUGUGUGCUGAUGUUCAAACACCACAAGUUUAUCUGUACACUGUUCAGUUCUGUUUUUAGCUGUUUUGCUCAUUAAAGAUAUUUUACACUUGCUGAAGUUGUUUUGUUAUGACUAAUUAUAUAAGAGUAAAUACUAAACAUAUACAGUAAAUAAACAAAAAUAAGUUUUCUCAAGCAUCUUAUAAAUAUAGUCCAGCAAGUAAAGGCCACCUAGCCAAGCUGAGUGUGUUAUAUUUGACGCAGAACAUAGAUUUUACCAAAAUGUAAUUGUAUAAAUAUCAGGACUUAUAUGUGAGUUAGUAUCGGGAUCUGUGCUUGGUAUCGGCUGAUACUAAAGGAUCACGUAUCAGUAUUGGUAUCGAAAGGGAAAAAGUGGUAUCGGUGCAUCUCUAAUGGGAGGAGGACACAGGUACUUGACCAGUGUGCAGAUAGUUCUUUGUUCAGAUUUGUAACCAUACACUGCUGUACCGUACUGCCCAGUGGAAUAAUACUGUGAGUCAACCAAGAACCCAAUCGAACAUUAGUUGACUCAUCGUCUUAGAGGGAGCGGCCCUGCUAUAUAGUGAAUAGGGCAUAGUUUGAGAGUGCCAUCCUCAGUGUAUAUGCGUGAAUAGUGCAGGCCCAGCAGAGGGGAACACGCCACCCCAGGCAGUGCCGUGCCUUCCAGAGGCCACAAAUCCGCCCAGCAGUCACUCAGAGAGAGUGAAAAUGGAAAGUGUUUACCCGUCCCAGUUGGGAGCCUGGAAGGCUGUGACUAGGCGCAAAAAACACCAGGAGAGAAGGAGGGUGAGCAAGUGAGCGAGUGGGGAGAGAGAGGUUACAUAAACGCCAGCUCUCGUCACUCUCGCCAGAAAACAAGGCCGAACAGGAGGCGUCAAGAAAGAGGGUGAUGUCAUCGGUGCUAGUGAUCCACGAGCAGCCAUUCAUCAGUGUUUGUGUGUGUCUCUGCAUGUCACUUCCUGGGAGAGAAUGGAGCGGGAAGUGGAUUGACUGGUUGGAUGGAACAGCGUCUCUAUGAACUGCAGACGUUGCUGCUGCCCAGUUUUCCUGUAGGAGCUGUGUCCAUUUCUGAGGAGGUGUGGAAGAUUCUGAGAGAGAAAUCACAGCUGAAGCUGGCCCUGUUAGAGACGUUGCAAGGGCCGUCACGACUUAAGACGUUUGCUGAUCACAUGGAGCGUGCAAAACGGCUGGAGCUUCAGCACAAGUCACGGUGGCAGAAAAUUCACACUCGUGUGGUGCUUAUGUACAAAGCCUCUGAGUCUAACACUGACCGCACCGCCCUGCUAAUGGCCAACAACCCAACACAAAACCCCACUGAGAUGGACGGAGGUGAUAGCCCAGCCAAAUACCUGCCCUGUGAGCUAUUCACCAAGAGGAUGCCCGUCUUCAGUCAUCAGCACAGCUUACCUGCUCUUACUCAUCCAUUUCAAAUAACAACUGGCUCACUGAAGGACACCAGUGGCCUGGGCAGCAGAUCUUCAGGUUUGCCAAACAGCCACUCUGUCCAUUUUCCUGCACCAAAAUCCACUGUGUCCAGCAAUCAAGUUGGAACAGAGGGUUCCCACACAUCCAUCCGAGCGGCAAGAGGCCAAAGCACUUCACUCUGGGAGCCCCUCGACUUCUCCUCCCUGCUGAAGGUCUCGCCAGCGGUGACUGCGCCAGGUCGGGGGGCAUUCCGCUGUGGACAGACAGCUUACUGGAGAGUCACCAGUAGCACUGAUGCAGAGACUAUUUGUUAGACACAGAUUUAAGUGUCCUGUGAUAAAUCUUAUGAGAAAGCUGAUAUGAUAAAAGUAACGUCUUCUGAGUUAUUUAUUAUGUUUCUUUGACCUGUGAAGUUUUUUUAUAGAUCAGUCAUAAAUACAGAAAGCUGAAUGUGCAACGUUAAAA